AUGGCCGUCGAUAAAGUGUCAACAAACAGUGACAAAAAUGAUGAUUCAGAAAAGGUUGAUUGUUUUUUGGAAGAAUUUAAAGAAAUUGAAGAGGUUAGAAAUAUAAUCUCCAAACUACCAGAGACAUACCGUGAACAGACAAGUCGUGAGAUAUCCAUUGAGCGAUUCACAUAUAUUGUUGAUCUAUAUCAAGAACAACCACAUUUAAUUGAUUCACACCUUGAAUUUCUAUUGUUGGAAUUGUUAAAGAUAACUAGAGAUGUUUCUUCACCAACCGAUCUUAUAAAUGAAGCAUUUAAAUAUGUUUACCUCAUUACUAAAAUGCGAGGAUAUAAGGUUGUUUUGCGGUUGUUUCCACAUGAAGUAGUGGAUGUUGAACCUGUAAUGGCGUUACUGAUCAAACAGAAUCCUACAGAUUUUACGUGUUGGGAAACCAGAUAUGUUUUAUUAUUAUGGAUGUCCAUGUUGUGUAAAAUACCCUUUGACCUCACAAGGUUAGAUGUCAAAGGUCAAGCCGGUCAGAAAGAACCAAUCAUGGACAGAAUCUAUCAAAUUGGUCAGAGCUACUUAUAUGUGAUAGAUAAAUGUAGAGAUGCUGCAGCCUUUAUGUUGAGUCAUUUUCUAUCUCGACCAGACGUCAGUAAAGUGAAGUUAUCUCCCUUUCUAGACUGGGCUAUGAAGACUAUCAAAGAAGCAGAUUGUGAGACAAUGAUUGGUAUAAAUAUAACAUGUGGUAUAUUAUCAUCUAUAGCUUUAUUAUAUAAACAUGGUAAAAGGGAAGAUAUGCUUCAAUAUGCUCCUGAUGUGUUAGAAGGAAUAUCUGAAUGUAAUCUAAAAGAAAAACCAAACUCUAUACUACGUAAAACAGCCAUUAAAGUCAUUCAAAGACUGGGUUUAACUUUUCUAAAAUCGCAAGUUAUAUCAUGGAGAUAUAAUCGAGGUAAUAGAAGUCUUACUAAUAAUCUACAGUCCACAUCAAGUAAUACGACCUCCAUCACUAACAGUCAGACAAUACCGGCUGAUCAGGAAGAUGAAGAGGAUGAAGUUCCUGAACAUGUGGAAGAAAUUCUUGGUGAAUUACUAGAAGGGUUAAAAGAUAGAGACACGAUAGUCAGAUGGUCAGCUGCUAAAGGUAUUGGCCGUGUAACUGGUAGAUUAACUAGAACUCUAGCAGAUGAAGUUGUAGAAACAGCUCUUCAGUUAUUUACUCUACAAGAAACUGAUGGAGCUUGGCAUGGGGGCUGUUUAGCUCUAGCAGAAUUAGGUAGAAGAGGUUUACUCUUACCUGACAGAUUAUCCACAGUUGUUCCGGUUGUAUUAAAAGCUUUAGCCUAUGAUGAAAGAAAAGGGAAUUUUUCUGUAGGUUCCCAUGUUCGAGAUGCUGCCUGUUAUAUUUGUUGGUCGUUUGCUAGAGCUUAUGAACCCGAGGAGUUGAAACCUUAUGUCAACCAAAUAGCUAAUGGGUUAAUAUUAGCGACUAUAUUUGAUAGAGAGGUCAAUGUCAGAAGAGCUGCCUCAGCUGCCUUUCAAGAAAAUGUUGGAAGACAGGGAAUAUUUCCUCAUGGUAUUGAUAUACUGACUACAGCUGAUUAUUUUGCUGUUGGAAACAGAUCUCAUUGUUUUCUAGAAAUCAGUGUGUAUGUGGCUCAGUUUCCAGAAUAUACUCACCAUCUAGUUGAUCAUCUGAUUAAUAUUAAAAUAUCACAUUGGGACAGUCACACACCACCUGGAAAAUGUUCCUGUGCCCAACUCCAUAAACUUGGUGGAGUUUUAGUGGCAGGUGCUAUAAGAGAAUUAUCAAGUGAAGCUUUACAUAAUUUAACAGAAAAAUGCCCAGAAUAUAUGAUCGAAACUGCUUUACCAUCUAUAUUAGAUAAAAUCACCACUAUAGACCUCUAUAUGAGACAUGGGGCUGUCUUAUCUGCAGCUCAAGUUACUUAUUCUUUAUAUAAACAUGCUACCAAAGACAAUAAAAAAUUAGAAGACAUUGUUGAUGUUACAUCAAGAGAUAGAUUGAUGAACAUAGCUGGACAGUUACAGAAAGCUAAUCUAUUCAAAGGUCUUGGAGCUGAUCUGAUGAGAAAAGCAGUAUGCUGUCUAAUCAAGAUGUUAUCUCUGUCUAAAUUACCCUACCAUGGUUUACCAGUUAUAGAUCUAUGGCAAGAUAUUAUAGAUGAUUGUUUGUUACAUAUAGAUCCAGAAAUACAGGGUUGUGCUGUAUUAGCUCUACCAUGUAUGAUAGAAGAAUAUUAUACCAAUGUUAAAACACCACAGUCAGAGCAAACACAAGAUGAAGUGUUAAAAAGAUAUAUCAAUCAUCUGAAAUCCUCAGUUCAAACAACAAGAUCUGGGUUUAGCCUCGCACUAGGAGCUAUACCUAAAUCAAUGUUAAAGAAUCAUUUAAAGCCUGUAUUAGAUAGUUUAAUAUCUAGUAGUAAAAUUAACACUGGAGAAGAAGUCAUGGCAGAAUCUAGACGGGAUGCUUUAAAGGCUAUUACAAGUAUAUGUAAUACUGUUGGUAUAUAUACAGAAGGUGAUAGUAACAGUGUAAUUAAUAAACACAAUCUACCAGCAAUAUACAAAGCUUAUUUGAUAGCCAUGUUAGAUUAUACUCUAGAUAGUAGAGGUGAUGUUGGUGCAUGGGUAAGGGAGGCGAGUAUGUCAGGUUUACUAGAAGUAUCAACAUUAGUUGUAAAUAGUUCACCUGAUUUAUUAACUGCUGAUAUAUGUAAGAUGAUGUUCCAAUGUUUAAUACAACAAUGUUGUGAGAAAAUAGACAGAACAAGAGCUCAUGCUGGAUACAUAUUCUAUAGACUCUUACAUUUAAAACCAAAUAUACCAAACAUUCCACACAGAGAGUUCUUAUUAAAACUGUUUCCAAGUACUUGUGUUGAGAAUAUCAACUGGGCUGCACCGUCAGAUACAUUUCCACUGUUUGUUAAGCUGUUAGAGUUACCUACCUUUACGUACAAUGUGUUAUUAGGUACUUGUGUUAGUGUUGGUGGAUUAACAGAAUCUCUAGUUCAAAACUCUAGUCAGUCAUUGUUUAAUUAUUUACGACAAAUAGAGAAAGAUCAAAAUAAACUAGCUCAUUUCUGUGAUGUCUUGGUUCAAAUUUAUAAAGACUUUGUCAAAGUUGAGAGAGUAACCACACCUCUAUUAAAGAUGACAGAUCAGAUAUUAUCUAAUGGUUGUAUUGAAUCUUAUCUAUCUUUACCAGAUUGUAAGAUUCCUGUGUUAUUAUGUGAAUGUGUUAAAAAUGAAAAAUUUAAAUCUGGUGAUUUGAAUAAAUUGAUGGCUAGUGCUGAUGUGUUUUGUGGGUUGUUACAAUUUGAAGGUGAAGUAAGAGAGAAGGCUCUGUUCCAGUUGAUGUUGUUUCUAUGUUUUAAAUAUCCUCGAGUCAGGAAGACCACAGCUAAUAAAUUAUAUGAAGCUUUAUUGACGUAUGAUUUUGUUGAUGAAGAUGUUAGUGAAGAAGUCCAAUCUAUUCUCUGUGAUACAAACUGGGAUUUACCAGUACCAGAAAUUCUUCCCACCAGAAAUAAACUGUGUGAUUUAAUUGGUGUAAAGAAACCAGUUUUAAAGACUGCUCAGAAAUCGAACAAAGACUGA